CCUGCGCCCACCCCGACCCCCCAGCCCCAUGGGCGGCCCGAGGCGGUGAGCCAGGGGACCCAGGCGUCCGGGGAGAGGGUCCCCUUCACGUGCGGCCAGAGGGGGCUAUGGGGGCCCCCCAGGGGUACCAGGCGUCGUGGUGGGUUUACCUGCUCCACCAGGUGCCGCGCACCAAUUUCCAGUUCGAGGUGGUGGAGAGCAGCUUCGCCCCCCAGGACAGGGAGUACCAGCAGGCCCUGCUGCUCCUGGCCAGCGUGGCCGGGCUCUGCCUGGCCAUCAGCCUCGUCCUGAUCUGCGUCUACCUGAUCCGGUUCUGUUGCUGCGACCCGGAGGACGAGGACGAGCCCAAGCCGCGCAGGGUUUGCUGCAUCACCUGGAGCUGCGUGGCCGCCAUCGUCGUCUGCUGUGCAGGAAUUGGCAUCGGCUUCUAUGGGAACAGCGAGACCAACGACGGGUGGCAGGCCACGGCCGCACUGCUGGACGCCAACCUCACGCUGCAGGGCGCCGACGCGCUGGUGCGGCAGACGCUGGGGCUGCUGUCGGGGCUGUGGGGACCUGACGCGCUGGAGGAGGCUGGCCCCCGCAUCGAGUUCGUGGCCGUCGUGCGCAACACGCGGCGCCAGGCCGAGGCCGUGGCCCAGAUCCUGGCGAGUCUCCCCUUCUGGGGGGCCCUGGGGACGAGUCCCAGCCAGCUGGCCCUCGGCCUGGCCUUCCUGGAGGACUACAGGUGGCUGGCGUAUCUCCUGCUGCUGCUGCUGGACCUGGUCAUUUGCCUCUUCACCCUGCUGGGGCUCGGCAAGCAGAGCAAGUGGCUGGUGGUCGCAAUGACUGUGAUGAGUUUCUUCGUUCUCAUCCUGAGCUGGGGCUCCCUGGGGCUGGAGAUGGCAGCAGCUGUGGGACUCAGUGAUUUCUGCUCUGACCCAGACGGCUUCGUCCUGAACCUGACCCAGGCCAAGACAGAACUGAGCCCAGAAAUCCUCCAGUACUAUCUCACCUGCAGCCAGGACGUCCCGAACCCCUUCCAACAGAGGCUGACCAUGUCGCAGCGGGCGCUGUCCAGCAUCCACUCCCAGCUGCACGGCCUGGAGAGAGAAGCUAUCCCACAAUUCCCUGCGGCAGAGAGGAACCUGGUCUCUGUGCAGGGCACCCUGAACUCCACGGAGAGCAACUUCCACCAGCUGGUCGCGCUGCUCAACUGCCGGGGACUUCACAAGGACUACGUGGACGCGCUCAAGGGGCUCUGUUAUGACGGCAUGGAGGGGCUGCUCUUCCUGCUGCUCUUCUCCCUCCUCUCGGCCCUCGCCUUCACCACGGCCGUCUGCAGCCUGCCCCGCGCCUGGGGGAGGUUCCACAGCAGGAACAUGGAGUACGAGGACGCGGAGGACGACGACCCCUUCACCCCUCAGGAAUCAAAGCGGUUCGUUCAGUGGCAGUCCUCUAUAUGAUAGCGUGCCCCUCCUCGACCGGCACUCCCCGCCCCCCUCGUACUCACCCAGCAUGCAGGCAUCUUACGUCGGCGCCAGCCAAGAGGAACCGGGCCCCCGAUACCGAAUGGACUUCCUGACCUAGAAUCCGACCCACGGCCCCCACCCCUGACUAACACAUGGACCGGGUGCCCCCCACGGCCGAGUGCUGCUGGGCCCGACAGAACCAAACGGGGGGAAGGAGAGAGACCAGGGCUGCCCCCCGGCCACCCCCUGCUGACCCAUCCCUCCGUCUACCUGGGUUUGAUGCCAGGGGUCUGUGCCCCUGAGAAGGGGGGGUGGGAUGAAGGAGGAGGGUUUCCCCAUAAGAAUCCCAGGGGGGAGAAAACGAGGAAAGCAGAAGGAUGAAUGGAGGAGUGGAAGAAUGAGCGUGAGAGAGCAGAAAGGAUGAAUGGAGGAAGGAAGGAGCAUGAGAGUGAAAGGAAAGGAAAGAAGUGAGAGAGUAGAGUGAAUGGAUGGGGGGAAGAAUGGAGAAAUUAAAAAGAAUGAAUGAAUAAAUGAACGAAUGAAUGAAUGAAUGAGCAAAAGGAGUUGAAAGAAUAAAUUAAGGAGAAGGAAUGUGUGGGGAAAAAAGAAUGAAGAGAGAAAGAAGGAAGGAAAAAAGUGUGAAAAUACAGAGCGAAAGCAGGCAGGAAAAAAGAUGGAAAAGGAGCGAACGGAGGAACAGGCGAAGGGGUGGGACGAGGAGGAGUGAAGGACUGAAGGAGUGAAAAAGCACAGACGAAAAGGAGCCCAUCGGAAAAGGAGGGAACGAGAGAGCGGGUGAGUGGACCAGAAGAGAGCAGUGGCCAGCCAGACAAGUGAGCCCAGCAGCAACACGGGGCCCAUCCGGCCCUGGGGCGUCAGCCCCAAUUAACGUCUAACCACACACCCCCCUGUAGGGGGCCGGCCCCCGGCCCCCGGGCUGUAGAGCAGAGACCUGUAGGCAGAGGAGAGAGGUGACUGGCGCGAGCUGGGGGGGACCCCGCCUGCCGUCCCAAUUAGAGCCUCGGCCACUAACGAGCCUUCGAUCCAGAGGAACGAGAAAUAA